GUCGGGCAAGUGUCAGUUCCGUGCCGGAUUUUCAAUCGUGCGUACAAGUAAUUUUUGUAAAUUGGAAAAAAAAGAAAGCAUACGCAGAGCAUUGAGUGAAUAAAAUAGAUAAAUUCACGUUUAUCCACUCAUUCAUCAGUGACGGGAGUAAUAAAUUAUUGCAUAAAUGUGCAAACGAAAAAAAUAUUCUACUCAAUUUGAUCGACUGUAGGAAUAGAAAAUGUGGAUUUAAUGACUGUUUAAAUUUUUUUUUCUCACUGAUAAGCAAAGGCAAAUAGAAUUUUCGAGUGGUUUCGGUUAUCUCGUGGGAUUAAGAAAUUUCUUCUGCCCGUGGAUUUACUGCGUUCUAUUUGUUCUUUCAGUAACAGUCGAGUUCUCUCCAUCCCAAAACAAAUAUUGCCUGCAUUAGAAUCCAAGGGAAAGUUUAAUUCACUGGAUUAGUGCUGCGGACGUUAUGACAAAUCUCAAUGGGUUAAAUACUGAUAAAAAGUCGGAUCCGACGUGGCAGAAAAUUAAUUCUGGUCAUGACACUGAAGAAUUGCAAAUAAAUGGCUACGAACGAAGUUACAUCUGCACAUUUCUGACGUAUGUGUUCUACCUGUUAACACUUGGAAUUCUUCGAUUAUUCUUCCACUGGUAUCCUCACUUGCAGUUGUACGCCACUUAUCGAAAAUGUCCGCUGAGUCGAGCAACGAGAUUACUCAUAAUAGACGAUUAUCAAGGAAAAUACAAAACCUAUUCUGUGAAGGACAUCAGAGUCAUUGGAACAAAGAAUUUAAGAUCUCCUGAGAUGUUGAAACGGCUGGGGAAUCCAGAACCCGAAUUACUCAGUAGAAUUGAAUGCCAGAAAUUGAGCAUAAGUCUCGAAAACGGUACGAAACGUGAUGUCCUGGAAUACCGCGCAUUUUGGUUCAAAAAACAAUGUUACAUAUGGGACGAAAUUCAAAGUGAAUUUGCAAUGCUGGUGGCACUGGAUAAAUACGUGCCCUGCACAGAAUUGCAUCUGGGCUUCAAUAAAGGUCUCUCUAAAGAGGAGCAACUGUUGAGGAGAAUAGUCUAUGGAAAAAAUGAGAUAAUAGUGCCAAUGCAGAGCAUAAUGGUUCUGCUGUUGCUCGAAGUAUUCAACCCAUUUUACAUGUUUCAAGUAUUCACUUUGGCUGUCUGGUUUGCCGAUGGUUAUUAUUAUUACACAGCAGCAAUUAUUCUCAUGUCUCUGUUUGGAAUAAGCAGUUCUAUCCUUCAGACACGCCGCAAUCAGAAAAAUCUUCAUGGAACAGUGGCUUCUACCGAGACGGUGCGUGUGAGGAGAAGUUGCGGGACCUUCGACACUGUUUCCAGUGCCGAACUAGUCCCGGGUGAUGUUAUCGAGCUACCAAGACACCAAGGAACUGUCGUUUGCGACGCAGUAUUACUUACUGGACAUUGUAUUCUCAAUGAAUCAAUGCUCACAGGCGAAUCUGUACCAGUCACUAAAACCCCUCUAACUCCGAAAAAAAUUCUCUACGAUCGGAAAGAGUCCUCUCAACACACCCUCUACAGCGGCACGAUACUAAUUCAAACGAGAUUCUAUGGAGACGGUCCGGUCCUCGCAAGAGUCAUCCGCACUGGCCUCCAGACAAACAGAGGUGCCCUGGUUGCCGCUAUUCUGUACCCCCCACCAGCGGAUUUCAAGUUCGAUCAAGAUUCCUACAAGUUCAUAGGAAUUCUAGCAGUGAUUUCAUUUUUGGGAUUUCUCUACACUGUUGUAACGAAGGCCUCUAGAGGUGUCACUGCUUCCUAUAUUGCCAUUAAGGCGUUGGACGUCAUCACGAUUGUCAUUCCACCGGCCCUGCCUGCUGCAAUGACCGUCGGAAAACUCUACGCCCAGGCGAGGCUUAAGAAAGCGCAGAUAUACUGCAUCAAUAGCAGAGUUAUCAACGUCUCUGGGAGUAUCAAUUGCAUCUGCUUCGACAAAACAGGCACCCUCACCGAAGAUGGUCUAGACAUGUGGGGAGUGGUGCCAAACUCGAAUGCGAGCUUUCAGGAAGCUGAGAAGGACGUCCCGAAGCUAAGAAAUCACUCGAUAUUCGAGGGAAUGCUCGUUUGCCACAGUUUAACUCUGAUAAACAAUCAACUUUGUGGGGAUCCCCUCGACGUGAAGAUGUUUGAGAGCACUGGGUGGACCCUCGAAGAGCCGGAUGUCGAGGACACAAGUAAAUACGACCUCCUGGCCCCAACAGUUGUCAAACCCCCACAGGACUCUUCCCAGAUGUUCACAGAGAACAUGAACCAAGUAUCUGAAAUCGGAAUUAUCCAGCAAUACCAAUUCUCAAGUUCGCUUCAACGGAUGUCCACGGUUGUCAGGGUCCUGGGAACUGAUCACUUCAGAGUUUACACUAAAGGAUCACCCGAGAUGAUCCUCAGUCUGAGUAAACCCGAGACUAUUCCCGUGAAUAUUGUGUCGGAGUUGCAAAAAUAUACAGAGCAAGGGUACAGGGUAAUCGCUAUUGGAAGGAGCUUCAUCACCUCCAAUUUCGCCAAGAUUCAAAAGAUGCACCGCGAUCAAAUUGAGAAGGACCUGGAGUUCUUGGGUCUCGUCAUCCUGGAGAACAGACUGAAGGAGCCGACAAUUCGAGUGAUUGAGGAGUUGAGGGAAGCAAAUAUCCAGAUCCUGAUGAUCACAGGUGACAACAUACAGACGGCUGUGAGUGUCGCCAAAGAGUGUAAAAUUCUGGAGAGAGACGAGACAGUUAUCAAUGUCACUGUCAUACCUUCAGAACAAAAAGCCGAUGCCAAGAUUUAUUUCAAUGUGCAAGGGGUGCCGGCCAGGGCUUCUCCGCAGAGGGGGAACCUGUUGGUGGUGAAUUACGAAUCAAUCGAGAGGGGAUUUGCCGCCCCAAACUAUCGUUUCGCCCUGACUGGACAGACGUGGCAGCUGUUGAGAGAGCAUUAUCCGGAGUUGGUGCCAAAGAUUUGUGUGAAAGGGGCAGUAUUUGCGAGGAUGACGAGUGACCAGAAGCAACAGCUUGUUUCAGAGCUAAUGCAGCUUGGUUAUUAUGUUGCAAUGUGUGGAGAUGGGGCGAAUGAUUGUGGAGCUCUUCGGGCAGCUCAUGCAGGAAUAUCACUGUCUGAAGCUGAAUCAAGCGUGGCGUCACCCUUCACCUCCCGCAUUCCCGACAUCACUUGCGUACCCAAAGUGAUUCGCCAGGGGCGAGCGGCUCUCGUCACCUCCUUCGGCAUCUUCAAAUUCAUGGUAACAUGUGCCUUAACCGAGUUCCUCUCCACCAUAAUCCUCUACUCGAUAGACUCCAAUCUCACCGACAUCGAGUUCCUCUUCAUUGACAUAUGCUUGAUCGUAAACUUUGCCUUCUUCUUCGGUAAAACUCAAGCAUACGCCGGCAAAUUGGCCUCCCAUCCCCCCAUGACCUCCAUCCUCUCCUUCACUCCUCUCACCUCUCUAAUCCUCCAAAUGUCGAUAAUGUCGGCAUUCCAAGCAGCAUCCUUCUUCGGAGUUCAGCAAUUUUCCUGGUUCAAGCCAUUUGUCAGCCACGAACUUCUCCACUACACGAGCUACGAGAAUUACUCAGUAUUCUCCAUAUCGAUGUUUCAAUACAUCACAACAGCCGUGAUUUUUUCGCGGGGAAAGCCCUACAGGAAAGCAAUUUACACGAAUAAUUCGUUCAUAUUCUCAAUUGUUGCCUUAACCGCGGUUUGCGCCUACAUAACUCUUCGGCCGGCGCAAUGGAUCGUUCGGAUUCUGCAGCUGCAACUCCCCCCAAAUUUCGAAUGGCCUCUCAUCAUUCUAGCCAUGGGCUUUGCUAAUUUUCUCUUAUGCUUGUUUGUGGAGAUGUUUAUCAUUGAUUUUGUCAUCGAGAGGAAAGCCAAGGUGAAGUUUUACAAACCGGAGAAGAGCAGGAAGGAGUACUUGAGGGUUCAGGAGGAGCUGAGGGGCGCGGACUGGCCCAAGUUGAGCAAGGAUACACCGGUGUUGCCACUCACCCCUAGUGUCGAGAAUGUUUUGGACAGGAAGUUGGAAGAGGAGGAGGAAGAGGAGGAGGAAAAGAUGGGAGUAGAUAAUCUAGCAUUUGUGGAUGACGAGAGCACUGUUACCAAGUUUUAGGAUUUCUUGGGUGUGACAUUCCCUCCAUUAGCACAAACGAGAGAAAUGUCCUUUCGAAGAAAUUGAAUUUUUUCAAUAAUGAGAGAAUGAGUGUCGUUCCACUCUUAUCGACAAUCGUAAUUUGUAAAAUAAGCACUACAGUAUUCCAUAAUGCAACUAAUGUGUAUAAUUAUCAAUGAUAAAAAAUUGAUUUUCCCCGUGCAUUGAUCAUGAUCAGAAUAACAUUGUGUUCUGUUACAUUGCAUUACUCCACUCGGUUUUUAAAAUGUCAGACUAGUAUUCAAGAGUGAGAGUUUCGUUGAUGAAUGAUCAUGAUUAAUUGAUCAAUUGAUACGCGAAGCAGAAUUUUAGGAGGAAAUAACGUACUAGGACCAUGAUGUGAUAUAGAUUAACAUGAAUUGAAAUAUAUGAAAUAAAAGCACUGAAUGUUGAAAGAAAAUUGUGCUAUUAGAAUUUAUUCAGCAAGAAUUAUUUACAGGUCCCAGGAAGUUGUCGAUAACAUAGCAUGGCCUUUGCUAAUUUUCUCAUAUGCUUGUUUGUGGAGAUGUUUAUCAUUGAUUUUGUCAUCGAGAGGAAGGCCAAGGUGAAGUUUUACAAACCGGAGAAGAGCAGGAAGGAGUACUUGAGGGUUCAGGAG